CCCUCUCCCUCCCCACAAAGAAGUAAUAACUAAAUCCUCCACCACCCACCACCACCACUGCAACCACUGGCAGCGCCGGACGACGACCGCCCCAGCCGCGCACCCAUGCUGUUCCGCCUCCCGCGCCGCCAGUGUCGGCCGGCACUGCCUUCUCGGCGUAGAAGGAUUGCGGUGGUCCGGCUGGGAAGCCGGCGGGGUUGGCGCAGCGGCCGGAGGUUCCUCACGGGCUUCCUCCGGCGGGUGCGGUUGAGGUGGGUGGUGGCGCAGUACCGGAAGGCCUUGAAGCGGGUGAGGGCGCGCUACGCGGCGCUGAUGCGGGAUCUGAUCGAUGGGGCGGCGGCGAUCGAGGCCGUCCAUUCUCGGAUACUAACGGAGUCCUACUUCCCGGCCCUCGUGGUGCCGAAGCCGAUCAUCGUCGCCAAGUGCCCCAACUACUAUAAAUUCUGACAGAGAUUAUAAUCCUUACUCUCCCGCGCGCGCGAAAGGAUGUUAGCAUAUGUAGUAAUAAAAGGGAAAUGAAAUUUAAUAGGAGAGCAACAUCCAUUUCUCUCGUUUUCCGUUUUUUCUUUUUUUUUUUAUUUUAUGGGUGUUUUCUUGUAAAUUGAUCACAAUAUAUUAGACAUAGAUGGCUCCGCUUGAUCUUUUACUUAAA